AUGAAAGCCAUAGGCGUCUUAGCUGGCGUGGUUCUGCUUGCGCAGACGUUUGGAUUCGCAGCAGCACAGCAGACGCUGCCAAAUUGUGGUAUGAAAUGUCUCGUGCAAUCGCUGCAGACCUCGUCGUGUGCUGCUACAGACGUACCGUGCAUUUGUGCAGAUAGCCAGUUGAUCAACACUACUGGUCAAUGUGUGUUGCAGGAAUGUAGUGUUGUUGAUGCUCUAACGUCGAGAAACGUGACAGCGACGCUAUGCAACGAGCCAGUUCGGAGUAGACGAGACACCAUGCUUAUACUGACUGUUCUUGCCACUUCCUCCGUCUUUCCGUUCAUCAUUCUUCUAUACCUCCACCCCUCUACUACAGAGCAGGCUGCUAUUGGGCAAGGAGCGUGGGCUGAUGAAGAAUGUUUUCUAGUUUGCACACAUUCCGGUCAUCGCUACAACGGCCAAUUCAUGUGCGAGGGGUCUGGGAAAAGACAUCUGGACGCUCGCGCCGGACACGAUUACAGCGAUUCUCAAGGUAUGAGUGUGUGGGUAGGGCAGAUAGGCUACAUCUUCUCGAUUGGAUUCACGCGCAUGUCCUUCCUCUUCUUCUACCUGCGCAUCUUCCCAGGAACGCGGACACGACGGGCAGUGAUGAUCCUUCUAAUGAUCAAUGUGACGCAUACGGUAGUGUAUCUUGCGCUGCAGAUCUUCAGUUGUCGCCCGAUAUCGUACAUAUACACUAGCUGGCGCAGCGACGGGCGGCCCGGGAGUUGUAUCAACAACCGGGCGUUCGGAUGGAGCCACGCAGCAACAGUGCUCGCACUGGAUCUGGUCAUCAUCAUAACGCCGAUGCCGGUGCUGUACAAGCUGAAGGUUGGGACGCGGAAGAAGAUUAGUAUCAUGCUCAUCUUCGCAGUGGGACUCUUUGUCACAAUGACGCAGGUGCUCCGACUGCAUACGCUCGUGGCGUGGGCAUCGUCGACGAAUCCGACGUAUGACAUGGUGCCAGCGGCGUACUGGAGCAUUAUCGAGGCGUUUGUGUCGGUGAUAUGCUCAUGCCUACCGUCGUUUCGGGCGUGGAUCAAGCGCGUGGCGCCAGGGCUACUGGACAGCGCGGGCCGCAGCAAAGGAUAUUCAGGAUACUCUCAUGGAUAUGCAAAGCGAGCGAGCGAACGCAAGCGGUUCGGCGGCGACACGACUUUGGUGAAGUCGACGAAUCUAGGGAGUCGGGACGAUGGGGCGAGUGACGUUGAGCUUGUGGACGUGGAUGCGGGGAUGGGAAAGGGGUUCAAAGAGGGGGUGGGUUGCCUAACUGUACGCCCGGCUAUUCUCCACUACGCCCCCUACGCCCCCCGCUGUGCCCCCGUUUGGCCCACUUCGUAUCUACUUACCGCCUGCCACUCACACCUUGCCUCACGUGCAUACCACGCACUCUAUACCGCGCACUGCACACCGCAACAUCAUCAUCCACCAUAA